CACUUGGUUCCAGUAUGAUGGGCUGAAAAGUUUUCGUUAAACAUGCUUUUAAUAGAAGCUGUUUAAUGUUUUAAAGUAAUUGAGAACACUCUUUUAAAAAACACAUCCAUGUAACUGUCUUAAAAGAACAUUACGGAUACAAAAUCAAGAUCUCGGCAAUUAGUGUAUGCCAAAAUUAGUUGCAUGCCAUGCUGCCUUAAUCUGGCCCUCUUAUGCCUAUGAAACAUUAUACCUGGCCCAGCAUUACAUAGGAAAUCUGGCAAAAUCAGGAAUAGAAUUCAGCUUUUUGGAGUCCCAGUCUAGCACCUUACCCACAAGAGAAUGUCUGUCGCACUCACUGUCCAUCCUAAUGAGUAGGGGUAAUAUACCAUAAAUAGUAUAAGAUCAUGUCAUUAAUAUAUUUACACGAGUCUGAAUUAAGGUCUUAUAAAUGGGGCUUUCUUAAUUCUGGAAUUCCUGUCUUUUGAGUGGUACGCUACUUUGCAUUCUUAACAUCUUUUAAUAUAAAGGUUUAACCAUUCACUUUUUUUUUUGUAAUUUGGCAGGUGCCCAGUGCAGUUAAUUGUUUAAGAGGGGGGUUCAGUUCCUUGAUAAACCAGAAAUGGAAGUGGAUUAGAAGAAGGCAUUUACUAAAGAAAGUGGGAAAUAGGGUUGGUGUUUCUCAUGUCUAAUGCAAUGGGAAGACAAUCUCCUCCCCGCCUUAACCCUCAGAUGAGUGGAAGAUGGCAGCGUCUCUGCAGUGGUCCUGGAACAGAUUAAUGGAGUGGGCGGUUGAUAGCCCUCCACCAGGUGGAAUGAUUACACAGGAUGGAUGAUCUGCACUCGAUAAGUUAUUGUUGGAUAGUUCCCUGAUGUGUUACUUAACAAAGUUGUGGCCUAGUUAACCACAUCCCAGGUGUCUUGUCUUUCCUGGUACAAGGAGUUGUGACCUUUAAAGUCUAAUUGAGACUAUUUAAAAUCUAACAUUAUUAAUCACAGACUUUUUUUUUCAUCUUUUUACCUUCAAGGAAGAAAAGAAUAAAAUAAUUAAAUAUUUCUUAAAUCUCGUCAAUUUUAUGUUGCACAAUUACAUGCUACCUGAAAUUACAAGAAGUCAAAAAAUGCCAAGUUAAAGUUCCAGAUACCGUAUAAUGUUAGAUCAGCAGCAUUAUAGGUACUUUCAGCCAUAUUCUCCACUUAAGGCAAGUGUAUGCUGAUUUCCUGACAAAAACCUUCUGCAAAGCCAGCAAAUCUGCUCAUUGUAAUACUCCUCCUAAAUAAUUAUUAGGGAAUUAUUAGGUUGCCUAGCAUCUUCUAAAGUAUCCUCUACCCUUCCUACCCCCUGUGGUAGCAUGAGGGGGGUGUCACUGCUUAUCAGUGAUCUCUAGCUGCUAAAAUGAUCCCGAGGGCCUGUUGGAAGCUGGCACAGUUUAGAGUAGACAUUAGUCGGCUUUCAUCCAUGUUGGGACACCUGCCCAGUACUGAGCAGACCAAGGAUCAGAGUACUACCCUCCUCUCUGGUCUUUCAUCAGAUAGUCUGGCCUAUGAUAUAUUUGAUUACUGUUUUUUCUGGUUAAACAUAUACAUUCCUUUAAAUGUUUUUUGUUAUCUAUACAGUUGGUUUAUGUUAAUGUUCCUGUCUUUUUAGGAUUUGUGUUAUUAUAUUACAAAAGUCCUAAAGGCCCCAAUCACAAUCAGAGCCUCAUUGUGCUGGGCUCUCCCGAAACACACAAUAAGAGAUAGUUCCUGCCCUGAAGCGCUGAUGGUCUAAACAGAUAAGACGGACAAACAGGAAUAGACAAAAACUAAUAGCCAAAGAAAAAAGAUUUUUUCCAUAUAUUAUCUAAUAUAUAUGUUUUCUUUUCUUCGCAGCAGUUUUUUAAAAUGUCCUUUGAGCUUUUUUGGUACAUUAUUUAGUUCUUAUAGCCAUUGGAGGUUGAUACAGGAUUUAGUGUGAAAAAUAAAAUCCCUAUGUUUGAGGUCAUAUCAUCAUUGUAUUCAUUUUAACGUCUGUACGCCAUCAGCACCUGAGACUGUAGGAACUUAAAUGCUUUACUGUUGGCAUAAUACUGAAGUUGAUUUCAGUGAACCAUAAACAGUUUGGCCCUGGAGGUAAAAUUACACUGUAUGCAUGUUCUUAACAUACUGCUUUGGGGAUAAACAUGUCUUAAAUCAACUCCUUGCUUAAAGCUAAGUUCCCUCUCCAAAUGCAGUUUCCCUGUAGAUGGUAAUGUUUAGUGAGACUGAUUUUCUUUAAAAUUGUCAAGCUUUUUGAGUGUUUUUCUAUCAAUAAAUAUAUUUGAGCAGGAUAGCAAAAAAUCCAUGUAAUCCUAGUAAAGACUUUUUUAUGGCAUUUUUGUUUUUUUUUAAACAAUUUUUUAGCUUUCAUCAAUACAUUUAAUUCAUUGACAUUCGUUUUAAAUGUUUGUGUGCUACAUCUGCUCACAUGUAUGUAAUGAAAACUUUCAGACUUUACUAAAACUUUAUUUGGUAAUUGCGCAUUUGGAAAAUUAAAAUUGAAAUUUAUUAUGCCCUGGCUCCUACCUGCUCAGUUCAUUGUGUGUUGUUAAGAUGCCAUCACUUGGGAACUUUGUUACAACUAUGUUUCUGUUGUGUUUUAAUAUGCUUUGGAUUAGGAUGGCUGUAAUUGUGGCCUUGAGGGGUUGGACUAAGGAACACCAGAUCAUUACUAAAUAUGUCUAUGAACUACUGGAAAAGGAAUGCCACUUGAAAAAAGUAACUCUCCCAGUAGAUGCCACUGAGAGUGAGCCAAAGAGUUUUAUCUUUAUGAGUGAGGAUGCAUUGACAAAUCCAGAUAAACUGAUGGUUUUAAUUCAUGGUAGUGGUGUUGUCAGGGCAGGUCAAUGGGCUAGAAGACUUAUUAUAAAUGAAGAUCUGGACAGUGGCACACAGAUUCCGUAUAUUAAGAGAGCUAUUGAGGGGCAGUUUUGGCACCAGGGCAGAGAGCAGCACUCUGUGGAUAGGGAAGAGAAGAGGCUCACAGUCCCCUGCCCAUGGGGCCAGGAAGGCUAUGGAGUAAUAGUACUGAAUCCCAAUGAGAACUAUAUUGAAGUGGAAAAGACAAAAGCCCAAGUACAGCUGUCCUCUGAUAGCUCAGAUGAACCUGCAGAAAAGAGAGAAAGAAAAGAUAAAAUCCAAAAAGAAACAAAGAAGCGACGUGACUUCUACGAAAAGUAUCGGAACCCGCAAAAAGAAAAAGAAACUCUGCAGUUGUAUAUUAGAGAUAAUGGCUCUCCUGAAGAACAUGCAAUUUAUGUGUGGGACCACUUUAUUGCCGAGUCAGCAGCUGAAAACGUAUUUUUUGUCGCUCACAGUUAUGGUGGACUUGCAUUCGUAGAGUUGAUGAUUCAACGAGAGGCAGAUGUAAAGAAUAAGGUAACUGCUGUGGCGUUGACAGACUCUGUUCACAAUGUGUGGCAUCAAGAAGCUGGCAAAACUAUUCGAGAAUGGAUGCGAGAGAACUGUUGUAACUGGGUGUCUAGUUCAGAACCACUAGAUACAUCAGUAGAGUCCAUGUUGCCAGACUGCCCACGUGUUUCUGCAGGGACCGAGCGUCAUGAGCUAACUUCCUGGAAGAGUUUUCCGUCGGUUUUCAAAUUCUUCAGUGAAGCAUCCGAGGCAAAGAACAGUUCAGUCAAACUAGCCCCAACACGGCGCUCCAACAGAAUCAAAUAUGAAGAGCUUUAAGAGGAGAAAAACAUCUCCUUGCUGCUUGUUUUCUGCAAGCAGUCUCCCAGCCCCUCAUUAGAUUGUUUUCUUUCUAGAGCACAGGGUCGUGAUGUAUACAUCUAAAUAGCGUUUUGCAUUAUUUCUAGAUGAGUGCAACUGUCAAAGCAAUAUGGGUUCACUGGUUGUGCUUCCUGUGGGCUGUAGCUUGGAUUUCGUGCUGCCCAUCAGUGCGCAGAUUAAGGCUGACAGCAGUACUGCACAGUGCAGCAUGGUGCAGCUCUAAUUGCCCUGACAUAGCCCUGCACCGAGCUGAUGCCAGAGUUUAACAGCUUCUUCGUGGUCCUAUCGCCUACAGGAUUUUUGCUGCUUCCUUCCAGGGUUCACUUUUCUUUCUUGCUUGCUUUCUAGGACAGGAGCAAACUUUGGGUUGUAUGCAUUUUUAACAGAAUUGCUUUUAAAUAAUGUAUCCAGGUAGAUUUCUCUCCCCUCUUCCUCCUCCCUACUCUUCUUCAGCCUUUAAAAUGCUCAGACAUCUUUCUAACAAUGGAGUAUUUUUGUUUGUGCUUUUUAGGGGGGUUAGUUAAGCCAUAAUGACUCAAUUUAAAAUUUUAAAAACAGCACAAGACGAUGGCGUCCUAUUUGGAUUUAUAAAUAUGAAUUGUUCCCUGUAGCUUUUGAGACCAGAGGAGAGGCUGUGCAUAAAAAUAGCUCCUAAGAAAUAAUAAAUUAAUGAAUAGGUAUUUCUAUGGAGGACCGUUUCUGAAUUUAAAAUAAGGUUUCUAAUAAAUCUGUACAUUUCAGAAGGAAAGGACUAAAUUUAAACCAAAAUGAACCGAUGCUAUUUAUGCUGAAAUCUUUUGCUUCGUGAUUUUAGGAUUCCCAUUUUUACAGAGAGUUUGUAUCUCUGAAUAAUUUUAAAGCACGAGCUGUAAUACGUGUUUUAGUGAAAAUUGUAACAUAGAUUAAAUACCUGUAUUUAAAAUUUACUUUUAGAACUUGGUUGAUACCUUUAUUUUUUAUUCUAAUAGAAUGUCUAUUUUGAGACAAAGCAAAAUAUAAAUUACUCUUUUUAAAGAGGGACAUAAUUUUGAAUAGUAAAAAAAAAUGAAUAUUUACAAUCAGUAGUCUUUUCUUCUCUGGGACCAAAUGGGAUCAACUCUUCACACUUUCCAUGUUCUGCAGAUAAGGGGUCCAAAAACUUGGGUCCAAAUUUGUGGGAAAGUCUCUUUGUAUAAAGAUUUUUUCCUUCUUUGGCAUUAUUUAUAGAGCUCCACUUGCUUUUGAAAGCUCUACCUUAAAAUGCCAAUUGCUUUAUACUUUACCAAUUCAGCAACCGUCUGGACCACACUGUGAAUUAUGAUAGCAUAAAUAAAUAAAAAGUCAUGAAUGACUGAUUUUGCUGAUUUUUUAAUUCAAAGAAGCUUACAUUUUCAUAUUCGGAAUUUUUAAUAACUGUAAUGCCUCACCAUCCUGUAUUUAUUCAGUUUUUGAUUCAACACAGGCCUAAUUUCUUUCAAAGUGUUUGCCGAAAUAAUGUCCCUGCCUUACACACCUGGUGAAAUACACAGACAGUUUCACAGAAUUUAAAGGUUCAGAAAAUCAUUGAAAUUGCAGACCUCGGAGGGAAGUGUUUUUAGUAAUAGUAGCUGAUGUCAGCAACUUUUAACUGCUAAUGUCUGAUAAGCAACAAUAUGUGCCUGAUACCGUGUCUGGCAUACAAGUACACUAAUUAGUUCUUAUAGGUUUGAUGAAGCUAAAUUAAAGUGAUCUUUUCUUCAGUGGUCAUGUCUGCAUCGCCUCUGUUGUUGUUAGAGCAGAGGCAAAGACAGCAAAAAUCAAAACCGUAUUUCAUCCAACGGCUGUGUUACUUCAAACCAGUCAAAUCGUCGGCAGGGUUUGUGAUAUUGACCCCUUUUUAAUGUAAUUUUUCCCGUUUCGGCGUUGAAGGAGGAAUUCAGUACGGAAGGGGUGAGGGUAGGGGGCUAUUGUUGUUAAUACGGUGUUUUAAAGUGUUUAAUGUGGAUUUCAAUGUAUUUUGUCUGGAGUAAACGUACCAGUAACCGAAUCAUGUCACUUCAGUGUAAGGAGAGAUUCUUCCGGAUCUUUCCAUUUGAUUUGCUAACUUCUUUUCUUUGGUUUCAUAAAGUGUGUGCAGUGCUCAGUGUUGGAGGGCCACAAUUAGCCAGCUGUAAUACUCCAUGUAUGUACACCAGGCAUUGCUGUGAUUUAGCUAACCCGGGGUGUUUUGCAGUCCGCACAUUACUUCUUUCAGCAACCUCCGCUUCUAACAAGGGGAAAUCACUGUAAAAUUGCCCGCUAUAAUCUGCAGUCUUCUCUCCUCUCCCUUUUGUAAAUGUCCCUUACACGUGGAGGUCGUCGCUGUGCUUCCUGAGUUAGACUGUCGCAAGCAAGAUGCGAGGGGGUUUGCAAGCUGUGGAGAUUCCCCAAACAGAGGCAAAGGAAAAUCCACGUUUGCCACUGGGCAGCUUCCAGUGUAAUCAUGUUUCUCAAUUUAACCUGUUGAUUAUGGGUUUGCUGUAUAGACGUAAGAAUAUGGUUCACCUCAUUUCUCCCCAAGUAACUUCAUGCUGUCGGUGCUGGCCACCUGCCUGGGGCUGGCCUGUCACCCAUUUACGCCGUUUGUACUCGUCCCUGGUUUGUUUCCUCUCUGAUCAGUGUAUCAUGUGAAUAAGGUUUUAACGCGUUGAUUUGCAUUUCAUAUGUGUAGUUCUGUCCUUAAAUGCAAAGACCAAGGGGGCGGGGGAGUGGAAAAAAAGCUCUCAAACAAAUCCUGCAACCGUCAAACUCUUACCGCUGGGAAUGCAUGAGGGGGGUUUCCAAGGUGCCAAAUAUCACAAAAUUAAUCUAUUUUUUUAUUUUAAUGGCAAUUCAGUGCAAAAAAAAAUCUACUGUAAUAAAUACCCUUUUAAAAGUGUCUUUCUCGUGCCCUAAUUGACUUGCGUUUUUGCUUAUGUAAAGAACUGCAGGGAGUUCUUAUGAAUUGUAUAUUUCUGUUUACACUUUAAAAAUAAUAAUAAAAAGCUUUUCUCUUCUAA